AUGUCUCUCCCAGAUGGCCGUCCAUGCACGUCGCCGUCGCUUCUGCACCCUCAGUCGCAGCCGCAGUCGCCGCUACCCGUCAAGCAGGGCUUUUUGCGCAAGCUCCUGGCCCGCUCAGCAAGCACAAGAAGCACAAAGUCGUCGGCUUCGUCUGUUUCCGCCGACCAGCGACUUGCCCCCGAGCCCAUCUCCAGCCCCGGCCUGAUCAAGCGCAUGUCAAAACGAGUCGUGCCUGGCCUGCCUCGAACCCAGACAUUCAAGCGCCAGCUGUCGGAAGAUAGAAAACAUCUGGCUCCUGUAGAGCCCUCAGCAGAGGAGCGAAGGGCGGCGUCCGUCGACAGGCGGGCUCACUAUCCACGCAAACCCAGCGGGCGAGUCUCAAAAACUCACGUCGACCCUCACUCCAGUGCGCCGAGCUUCUUCGGCGAGCUUCUGCACGAAACUACUUCAAACUAUGCACAGUCGCUUCCCAUCGACCUCGCUGAGUUCGAGGCGGCGGAUGCGUCGUCCGACAUUCCGCAUGCCGAAACGGAUGAUUCAGAUAUCGACGGCCAUGAAGAUGACGAUGCCGAUGACGAAUACGCCACACAAGACGCGGCGUCUAUUGCCGAUACUUGCUCCAUGACCACGUCGCAGUACGAAGCAAUGAUUCUUGACAAGUUAGAGCGGGAGUGGAUUCUCAACCUGAGCAUGCACUUUAGAGACCGUUCAAAACGAGAAAAGUUCUUUGUGACAUAUCGUGAGGAAGAACAUAUUUGGCGCCGCGUCACCAUCUCAUUGGAUUAUCGUGAUGCGCCAGAAAAUUCUCUAGAGUGGGAUCUCAGCCGCACUAAAUAUCAAAGGGAUAAGAGCACCAAGAUAUACGAGGCUAUCCGCGACAGUCUGCAGGAUAUCCAAUUUUACGACUCAGUGACCAACCUGAAGCUCGAAACUACUGACGGAAGACUGCAUGUCCACGUAGUCGAGGACGGUAAUGAAAUCAUUCAUUACCCCACCGUCAGCCAGAUUCGGCACUUAGGGUGUAAAAGAGUCAAAGAGCGAGACAUUGUUUUCGAUUCCCACAUGUCUGGCUUUGUUUACAAAGUCAGCGUGAUGGGCAAGAUGCUGAUCAAGAAGGAGAUUCCCAGCCCCGAUACCGUCGAAGAAUUCCUCUACGAGGUCAAUGCUUUGAGCGGCCUGCGCUUUUCAAAGCACGUUAUUGACUUUUACGGAGUUGUAGUCGACGAUGAUGAUGAGCAGGUCAAGGGCCUUCUCAUCAGCUUCGCUGGCCAGGGCGCCUUGAUCGACAUCAUCUUUGAGAAUUGCAAGGAAAACAACAUUGGUCUUCCUUGGAGUACAAGAGAGAAGUGGGCAAGACAGAUCGUCCAGGGACUGGCUGAUGUCCACGAAUCCGGAUUCGUCCAGGGAGAUUUCACCCUAUCGAAUAUCGUCAUCGACGAUGCUGGCGAUGCCAAAAUCAUCGACAUCAAUCGACGAGGCUGUCCCGUGGGAUGGGAGCCUCCGGAGGCGACGGCCCUCAUCGAGUCUAACCAGAGACUAUCGAUGUAUAUCGGGGUCAAGUCGGAUCUGUAUCAGCUCGGCAUGGUGCUCUGGGGGCUUGCAAUGCUUGAGGACGAGCCUGAGACGCAGGGUCGGCCGCUCAUCCUGGGGCCAGAGAUUAACGUACCGGAUUGGUAUCGACAAAUGACAGAAAUUUGCCUCAGCGAUGACCCACGCAUGAGGUUGCAAGCCUCGUCACUGCUGCGUAUGUUUCCACGAGCCGUCCCGGACGACGAGCACAGCGACGCACUGCGCUCGGAUCACGAUCCAGUGCGCGUGGAUAAUGGUGCCGUGAACAACGAGUACCUUUCUGAUGGCUACGACGUCGAGUCCCACUCCGCAAUGAGGACGGCUGACCUUGACGAGGAACUGGCCUAUCCAAGCUCAACAUAUCUGCAUAGCGGGCCUCUUCCUUACGACCAGUACUAUACGAGUCGGGGCAGGUCACCACCAAGCCCACUGCCUAGCGAUAUGGGCGGCGGUGAGGUGGCAUACAAAUCCGCCUGGGCGGCAAACAAGAACAUUGCUCCCUCUUACAGCGACAGCGGGGAUAGCUAUGUGAUUCCGGACAGUGAAUAUGACGUACGGCGACAGCCAACUCCGACGCCGUCGGCUGAGAGAUUCCUGAACAUUAGCGAUCGACGUUCAAGGCCCCUGAACCAGCUCAGUACAUAUGAAAGCACAGAGUACUUUACAGCCACUGAUGAUGCAGCUUCCAGGUCCGGGCAUGGACUAUCCGUUCCAAUGGCACCCGAAUCAAGCUGGGGAGGGUCAGCCGCCAAUGAUGUGUUUGAAGACGCAGACGCUACGCUGGAACCAAGGGACGCGGAUGAAGAGAAUUAUUUCGCCAAUACAAUCCCCGCUGUGAUUGUUACCGAGUCACCUGUUAGCGCAGUAGCUCGGCCAAGGAGCAUUGUGUCUCUGGAUGAGAUGCUUGAGAGGGAAAUUGACGGAGAAGAAGAUGCUGGCAGGCAAGACUCUGCUAUUGACAUCGACUUUGAAGCUCAAGAAGCGACCAUUAUCCCGGAUGUCAACAUCGAAGCGCCUCGGCUAAGCCCGAGACUCAAGCUUUCGAAAAACACAGCCAAUAUCAAAGUUAAGCGGCUUAGAAAAGCCUCACCCAGGUCACCUUCGUCUCACGCAACACGCCAACAGACGGAUGCAGCUGAUACACUCAUUUCAACAGACGCGACCGCGAGCUCCAGGGUGGACGACGGGGCAGGACUUCGGGUAACGACGCCUGAAACCGAGUCGGAACCUGAUUAUAUCGCCUCGCGCUCGCCGGGCUUCAAGUCGCCUGAUCCCCGGCAAAGCUACAACGCUAGCGGUGCGCAGAGAGCCGGGCAGCUUCUUAAUGCAGGCGGUACGAGUGAACGCUGGGUCUCGCCAAGCGAGGAGACGUUGGGCCAAACUGAACCAACCGGCGGAUUCACGUAUCCCAGACACGGAACUAUUCCCGUGUCACUGACGGGGAUUGGAGCAGCCCACCUGGAGCUUGAAGGAGAUUUGUUGCAGGAGAAGGGACUCAUCGAUGAUGAGUUUCAAUUAAUGACACGACCCGAAGCGGCAACGCCGCUCAUGAUUACGACAGAUGCGCAGACAUGA